UUUUCCUGCCAAACCUGAUGGUGUGGCUAAAGUUAGCCCCCUAUGGGCUAGUAUAUAAGACCCCAGGCAUUCAAUACCUACAUGUCAGUCACAUCGGCUUGGUGUAGGCUUCUCUUCUUGACCAACAACAACCUCACAAACUUGAGAGAUGGCACCCAAGAAAGCCAAGAGGAGGCAGCAGCAGGGUGAGGGUGGAUCCUCCAACGUGUUCUCCAUGUUCGAGCAGAGCCAGAUCCAGGAGUACAAGGAGGCUUUCACAAUUAUCGACCAGAACAGAGAUGGCAUCAUCAGCAAGGACGACCUCAGGGACGUGCUGGCCACCAUGGGUCAGCUGAAUGUGAAGAAUGAGGAGCUGGAGGCCAUGGUGAAGGAGGCCAGCGGCCCCAUCAACUUCACCGUGUUCCUGACAAUGUUCGGCGAGAAGCUGAAGGGUGCUGAUCCUGAGGACGUCAUCGUGAGCGCUUUCAAGGUCCUGGACCCCGAGGGCACUGGCAGCAUCAAGAAGGAAUUCCUCGAGGAGCUCUUGACCACCCAGUGCGACAGGUUCACCGCUGAGGAGAUGAAGAACCUCUGGGCUGCCUUCCCCCCUGAUGUGGCUGGCAACGUUGACUACAAGAACAUCUGCUACGUCAUCACACACGGAGAGGAGAAGGAGGAAUAAAUCCUCGACAUCUCUUACCUCUAUUGAAACCCACACUUGUCCAUACCCUUAAUUCUUCCUCCUCUCCACCAAUGAAACAUCCUCCUCGCACACACUCGCGCCCGGGUCGGCUCUUUCUUCUUACGAAAAGACUUGUCUCCUCUAUCGAGAUGUUCAGUGAGAGGACGGGAGGCUGUGGGGGUGUUUGUGUGUGAGUACCAACAGGGGAACAUGGGAUUAUUUUCAAUAAAAAAUAAUCUUGUGACACCGAAACACUCUCUCUAUCUCUGUCCCUGCCUCUUCUUCCUCCAUCUUUUCCCUCCCCUCCUCGCCCAUGACUCAUUCUGUCCUCCUGUGUUGAGGCCAACAGUGCAUGCAUCAUACCUACAUAUAUAUGCAUAUGCAGUUCAGUGUGGUUGGUCAAAACGUCUCUUGGGUGCUGUGGUGCAUGCACAGUCACUUGCUUGAAACAGGCAAGCAGUCUGGCCCCGGCGGUCUGUUAGUCUCAACCGGGCACAGAGUGUUUAAUGGAUCCCUCCUUCUGUUUGUACCGGCCAGGAGUGCACAGUAAAAGAGUGGGAGUACUGCGCUAUAAUAGUUUGCCUACCCCUCUCUUUUAUUUUGUCACUCUUUAAACACAGGUACGAAAGGAAAGGUUAGGAAAGCACGAUUUUAAAAGUCUUGUAAAUAGAGAAAGAGAUGGUGAUAGACGGUGGUUGGAUGGGCGGCAUAAAAAAGCUAAACAAAAGCAAAACAGCUUUGUUUUUGAUUUUUCUUUCCCCCCACCUCACCCUCACUGCUGUUUCCACUCCUGCUGCUGUGACUGUGUCUGUGUCUCCACUGUAACAAAUAAAGAAGUACAAAUAAAAUCCACUAUCUUUCGUA